UCUUCUCCCCCAGAUCUCUCUCUUCUUCUCUUGCGAAGUCGCCAAGGCCAGUCCCCAAUCCCCAUCCAGCCAGACCGCCGGCGAUGACGGACCACCGCGACGUGAUGUUGCCCUUGUCCCUCCAAUACAUAGCCACCCGUGCCCUCCUCCUGCUCGUCAUCGCGUCCGCCGUUUCCUGCUCUUCCUUGCCGCCGGAGGACGGCAUCCGGGUCGUCUCUGCAGAGAAAAGAAUCGACCUCACGGGUCCCAUCGUCAAAGUCUUCCUAACAUUGAAGGUUGAGAAUGCUCCCACGGCCUCUGAAGCAUCACGAGUUCUCCUCGCCUUCACGCCCACAGAGUUUCAACAUCUCUCUAUUGUCAAGGCCACAAGAGCGGAGGGGAAGCGCAAGAAGAAGGCAUUCGUACCCCUCUCGGUCCAAGCCUCUGAGCUCGCCACCACCGCUCCCGACGCCCCUCGCCUCUACUCUGUUCUGCUCAGCACUCCUCUGAAACCGGGCGAUGCAACCACUCUAGAAGUGCUAUACAUGCUCACUCACUCUUUAGAGCCCUUCCCCGCUGAGAUUAGCCAGUCAGAGUCCCAGUUGGUUUACUACCGUGACAGUGCGGUGCUUCUCUCGCCCUACCAUGUCCUGGAGCAGGUUACCUACAUCAAAAUGCCAAGCAAUAGGAUCGAAUCCUUCACAAGGGUCGAUCCUACCACACGAGCUGGUUCUGAAGUGAAAUAUGGCACAUACAGUAACCAGAUGCCAAACUCCUAUUUGCCAGUUCUUGUGCAUUAUGAGAAUAACCGCCCAUUUGCUGUUGUUGAGGAGCUUGUACGCAAGGUGGAGAUUUCUCACUGGGGAAACAUCCAAAUCACCGAGCAGUAUAAACUGAAACACGGUGGUGCUCGUCACAAAGGAGUCUUUUCCAGGCUUGAGUAUCAAUCUAGGCCAUCUAUCAGUGGAGCUUCGUCCUUUAAGAAUCUUCUUGCAAGGCUGCCACCUCGGGUUCAUUCAGUUUACUAUCGUGAUGAGAUUGGUAACAUCUCCUCAUCCCAUCUGCGCACUGAUUCACACAAGUCCGAUCUAGAAAUUGAGCCCAGAUAUCCGUUAUUUGGUGGGUGGCACUGCACGUUCACCAUUGGCUAUGGUCUUCCAUUGCAAGAUUUUGUCUUUGAGUCAGUUGAUGGCCGGCGCUACAUCAACCUUACUUUUGGUUGCCCUCUAUUGGAUACUGUGGUUGACGAUCUUACAGUUAAAGUUGUGCUUCCUGAAGGAUCAAAAAAUCCAGAGCAUGUAGUUCCUUUUGUGACAGAGAAACAUCUUGAGACUAGUUAUUCAUACCUUGACGUUGUUGGAAGGACGACGGUUGUACUGAAGAAGAAAAAUGUUGUAGGGGAGCACAACGUUCCUUUCCAGGUGUACUAUGAAUUCAAUCCGAUCUUCAUGCUGGCGGAACCAUUGAUGCUGAUAUCUGCAGUGUUGCUGUUUUUCGUUGCCUUCAUUGCGUAUCUUCACAUGGAUCUUUCCAUCAGAAAAUCAUCAUAGGCCUGUUGGCAAUUCUGUCCACCACAGUAUUUUUUGAGGCACAUGUUCUGCUAACUGUGAUUGAUGAAGUAACAAUCCUUGUUCUAGCGCACUAGUUGAACUGUUUAUCAGUGCACCAUCCUCAAUGGAGAAGGACGAUGUUUUUUUUUUUGUGUGUGUGUGGGUGGAAUAUGAUUGCUUCAUGUAGGGCUCACAACGAUCAGAAACGAUAUCAUCUAUAGGAAAACGAUUGCCUAGAAAUUUAGCUGGUUUCAUAAUUAAUCAACGUGGUGACUACAAUACGAUAUUGAUAUAUGUU